AUGUUAGCUCUACGUAGUCGGAAUGAAUUUGAACGGGUAGGAGAAGAUUGCAUCUCCUGCACAAUAUGCCCUGCAAUGAAAACGAUUAUUAUUCCGAUAUCCUGCUUAGCCUUCGAGUUGCGGGAAUUACUGUCAAUUUUUCUUGAUUUGGAUGUUGAGUCUAUUGAACUAUACAGAAAGGGGAGUAAUAGUUUCAUUUCUGUCCCAGAUGUUUCAUUGGGAGUUGGACACUAUUAUGUGCUGUUACGAAUACGCGGCGGCAAGGGUGGUUUCCGCAAGCAGCUUGAAAAAAAAGGAAGAGCCUUUGCACGAGCCAGGAGAUUAAGAGAAAUUAAUCCAGGAGGUGUUUGCCCAAGACCGGAAAGGGGGGACAAAUUGGUUUUAGGCAAGAACGCAGAAAGCAACGAAAGUGAGAUCAACGAGAAGAGCCCAGCAGGGGAAAAGGAAAUACAGCCAAACAAUAUCAGAACCGACAAAAUUCGGGAAGCUGUUCGCAUAGGUGUAAAAAGAACUAUUGAGGGCUUGCUUUGCAGCGAGACAUGA